CCGGUGAGAGUGAGGACACCGAGAUAACGAGCACAUCCUCAGCCGUCGGUCCUGUCGAGUCGUCGAAGAUCUCCGGGGAAAUGUGUGCGAUGAGUCGGUACCGAGAAACCAGGAGUUAACGGCUGCUCGAGCCUCGACCGUUGGAUGUUGAGUUUAAAAGUUUCCUCGCGGUUGGGACGGUUGUUUGUUUGGGAUAAACCGCUGAGAGGGACAGGUGUCCUCUAACGUCACCAGCCCGUCUCCCCCUCUCCAUCCCCCGCUAGACUGCAGCACACCCGGGGCUGGGAGUUGAAACUUUUCUUCUUGGACAAAACUGGACUUUUCUGAGCCAUGUUGUGGACACGGUGGCUCGCCCUGCUGCUCUGCUGGGGGGCCACAAGCGGCGAGCCGCAGGCGGAUGAGAGGGACGGAAUCCCGGCUGAGGCCCGGGCGGACUCCCGCAGACAGCGGUCCCCUCCGCCGGUGGAGCCGCUGGACUUUGGGUUUGUGCCGGCGGCGGUUUAUGAUACCCACGCUUACUACGAGCCAGGGGCCAUAGGGAUCCUCUUCCACAUGGUCCAUGCGUUUCUCUACGUGGUUCAACCGAACACCUUUCCCAAAGAUCUGAUUGUUAAAGUCAUUCAACAAAACAUGGGGGGAAUCAAAAUAGAAGAAUGGAGAAAGCCAGAAAAUGUGGUCCUGUUAUUGCAGUGGAUUUACUACGAGGCUGGAUUCCUCAUAUGUGCGACCAUCGGUAUCCUGUUCGUGGUCCUCACCCCCAUCAUUGGCAUGUGUUUCUGUGUGUGUCGAUGCUGUGAGAACUGCGGAGGGGAGAUGCAUCAGAGACAGAGAAAGAACGUCGACUGUCAGAGAGGUUUCUACACUGCCUCGCUCAUCGCCACCUCCAUCUUCAUGAUUCUGGGAGUACUCAUGGCGUAUGCUGCAAACCACAAUGUCAGCGCCCAAAUUAAAAGCACUCGACGGUUCAUCAACACCAAUAUGAGAGACCUGAAGACAUUUGCCAACAACACACCUGCGCAAAUAGAAUACCUGACAGCCCAGUACACCACAGCAAAGAACAAAGUCCUGUCAGACCUCGACAACAUUGGACCUUUGCUGGGUGGGAGGAUCCAAAGUCAGCUGGAGAAAGAGGUGGUUCCCUCACUGGACACUGCGCUCCGUAUGGCAGGAGCCAUGCGGGAGACCAAAGAGGCCCUAGAGAACGUCAGCUCCUCCUUAGAGGUUCUUCAGGAGGGGACAGGGAAACUUCAGGCCAGUCUGUCGUCGGAGCGUGCCUCUCUGUCUAACACUUUGUCAGACCCCGCCUGCACUAAUGGAGCCGUGUCUCCCACCUGUAACACCAUCCGCUCCACGCUGUCCCAGCUGGGAAUCAAUGCUGACUACUCUAAGCUCCCAGAAGUCAGUCAUGCCUUGGCCAAUGUCAAUACUGUCCUGAAAACAGACCUCAGCAACAUUGUACAAAAGGGUUACUCGUCCUUUAAUGACACACCAAAACUGGUUAAAGAACAAACUAAAAACAUUGUCACAGCUCUUCCUCGAGUAAAAGGCAUGCUGGAUAAGAUUGGCACAGAGAUCAACGCCUUCUCCAAGAUGUUCCCUGUAGAAGCUUCACUGGCAAAUUUCACCAUUUUCCUCACAGAUGGACAAAAAAACAUUGAGUCCUAUUACCCACAGAUUGACCAAAUGGAUUUCUACAGGUGGAUCGGCUGUGUGGCGGUCCUCUGUAUGGUCGUCCUGGUCCUGGCUUUUAACUGCCUCGGACUGCUGUGUGGCACCUGCGGCUACGACAAACAAGCUACACCGACAACCCGAGGAUGCCUAUCAAAUACCGGCGGCAACCUGCUAAUGGCUGGGGUAGGCUUCUCUUUUAUCUUCGCCUGGGUGCUGAUGGCCAUCGUGACCACCUUAUUUGUUGCGGGGGGCAACGUGGAGAAGAUGGUGUGUGAACCGCUCGCUAACCGACAGCUAUUCAAGAUCAUAGACACACCAUAUCUGGUUCAUCCCGCAAAGAAGAACUUUCUCCCUGGGAUGCUGUUUCAGAACCCGAACAUCGACUUGACUUUGGGGAGCAUGUACAGGGACUGCUAUGAGAACAACGGUCUGUACCACUCUCUGCAGCUGGAGACCAUGUUCAACAUCAACUCCUUCCUCAACAGAACUGUGUACAACCAGGAUCUGGCCAAAGUAUUUCAGAGCGUGCAGGUCGACCUGCAGGACAUCACGCUGCUGGAGAAGGCCGGCAGAGACAACCUCAUUAACUUCGCCAACUCUGGAAUCGGACAGAUCGACUAUGAAGCCUACCUGGCUGAGGCAAAUAAGGGAGUCACUCUCGUGGAUCUCCUGACCUUCUCUGCUGACCUGGAGGCUCAGGCUGACCAACUGCCACGUGGUGCUCUGGAGAACGCAUUGAAAGGACACGCCAGCAGUAUCAGACAAAUUCACAGAGACCAGGUGGUUCCCAUGGAGCAAGCAAUGAGUACGCUGAGCCAGAGUAUCAAGCAACUGCAGAGGAUGUCCAACGACCUGCCAGUCAAGGUUACGAAUAUCCUGAGUGCCAUCGAUGCAGCCGAGUACCUCAUCACUCAUAACGCCUCUCAUGUGGUAAAACAGGAAACGCAUGGUUACACACAGACCUUGGUGGGAUACUUCAAACAGUACACAGAAUGGGUUAAAAACUCAUUGACUGCAGAGGUGGCCCAGUGUAAACCCAUCAGUAACAUCGUGGACAGCAUGGAGAUAGUAGCCUGCAGUUUCAUAGUCGAUUCAGUGAACACAUUCUGGUUUGGUCUGGGAGGCUGCUGUAUCCUCCUGAUCCCCAGUAUCAUCUUCUCCACCAAACUGGCCAAGUUUUACAGAAGGAUGGACACAGAGGACGUCUUUGAAGAUAUGGGUAAUACAGGUAAUCAUGGUGAGCAAGUGUGCGAUAUCCACGGAGAUCUCGCUGCUGUCAGCUCUCCCUAUUACGACACUCUGACCCGGUUCCCUCGAGCGUCUGCUCCCCCGUGCUACUGCGACUGAUGACCCAAAGGAACUCGUCGAUGAGCGGACAAGAGAGCUGGAACUGAUAUGUCCCUCGUGGAUCACCAGACUUUCCAGCUCUUCCAUUCAGAUCUUGUAACACUUCCGAGGACCAAAAGGGAAGAACAACAACAAUCAGGAACUGUGUGGUGAGAGCGUCCCACCCCUCAGACCCCCUUCAAGCCAUUUGACAAGGACCUCAGAUGUCA